UUUACAACACACACACACACCUCAACACACACACACUAAAGUGUCAUAUGUUGUGUUUGUGUUGCAGAGCGCUGCAGUUUAAUGGCUGGCAGGUAGGGGCCAAAGAGGGACAAACAACAUGAACUCCAUUCCGUCCAUGGACAGACACAUCCAGCAGACCAAUGACCGGCUGCAGUGUAUCAAACAGCACUUACAAAAUCCAGCAAAUUUCCAAACGGCCGCCACCGAGCUGUUGGACUGGUGCGGCGACCCCCGAGCCUUCCAGCGCCCUUUCGAGCAAAGCCUGAUGGGAUGUCUAACGGUGGUCAGCCGGGUCGCAGCGCAGCAAGGCUUCGACUUGGACCUGGGCUACCGACUCCUGGCGGUGUGCGCUGCCAAUCGCGACAAGUUCACCCCAAAAUCGGCAGAAACCAACUGCUGCAGGAGGUGUCAGUCUGAUUCAGCACUUCUGUCGUCCUGGUGCGAGGAACUGGGACGCCUCCUCCUCCUCCGUCAUCAGAAGAACCGGCAGAACGAGCCACCGGGGAAAGUACCCAUGCAGCCCCCCAUGAGCUCUAUGAAGCCCGGCCUCUCACAUGGAGAUGGGUCUUUUCCUUAUGACUCGGUCCCCUGGCAACAGAACACCAACCAACCUCCGGGCUCGCUCUCCGUGGUGACCACGGUCUGGGGUGUCACCAACACCUCACAGAGUCAGGUUUUGGGGAACCCCAUGACCAACAACAACAACCCCAUGAACCCAGGAGGUAACCCAAUGGGUUCAGGGAUGUCAGGUAACAAUCCAGGGAUGAACCCGUCGCAGUUCCCCGGUCCUCAGCAGCAGUUCCCCAACAAAGGCAACCCAAACCAGGGUUACAUGCAACAGGGCAUGUACGGGCGCCCUAACUACCCCGGCGGAGGAGGCUUUGGUGGAAAUUACCCUGGGGGCCCUAAUGCUGGACCUGGAGGCAUGGGCAUCCCUCCACACUCCCGUCCACCGUCUGAUUUCACCCAGCCAGCAGCUGCUGCCGCGGCUGCCGCUGUAGCCGCCGCCGCCGCCACGGCAACCGCCACUGCCACCGCCACGGUUGCCGCUCUGCAGGAAACUCAGAACAAGGACAUGAAUCAAUACGGACCAAUGAGUUCCUCUUUCCAGAUGGGACCAAACCAAGCAUACAAUAGCCAGUUCAUGAACCAGCCAGGACCCCGUGGACCCCAAUCUCUCUCUGGUAACAUGGGCUCAGGCAUGAAUGCAUCCAAUAUGAGUGGACCCCCAAUGGGGAUGAACCAGCCCAGGGGCCAAAGCAUGGGACCCUUCGGGGGCCAUGGUCAAAGAAUGCCCCAGCAAGGGUAUGCUGGACCCCGGCAACAGGGCAUGGUUAUGCAGGGCAUGAAGAGGCCAUAUCCAGGGGAGCCAAACUAUGGGGGGCAGCAGUAUGGACCAAACAACCAAUUCCCCAACCAGCAGGGCCAGUACCCGACACCCAAUGCUUCUAGGCCGCUGCCGUCCAGCAACUACCCCGGUCAACGGAUGCCAGGACAGCAGCUCCAGUCGCAGUAUCCACCACCCAGCGGUCCUAUGGGACAGUAUUAUAAGCAAGAGCCACCUUUUAACGGCCAAACCAACAACUUCUCUGGGAGUGGUUACCAGUACAGCCAGGGGAAUAUGAAUGGGCCACCCAGGCCCAUGGGCAACUACCCCCACUCUCCAGUGCCAGGCAACCCCACCCCUCCAAUGACCCCAGGAAGUAACAUCCCUCCGUACCUAUCACCCAAUCCGGACGUAAAACCACCAUUCCCUCCUGACAUCAAGCCAAAUAUGUCCGCUCUUCCUCCACCACCAGCCAAUCACAACGAGGAGUUGCGCCUCACCUUCCCAGUGCGUGACGGCGUGGUCUUGGAGCCCUUCAGGCUAGAGCACAAUCUGGCUGUCAGCAAUCAUGUCUUCCACUUACGGCCCUCAGUGCACCAGACUCUUAUGUGGAGGUCGGACCUCGAGCUGCAGUUCAAGUGUUACCACCACGAGGAUCGCCAAAUGAACACCAACUGGCCGGCGUCGGUACAAGUGAGCGUCAACGCCACACCUCUCACCAUCGAGCGGGGGGACAACAAGACGUCCCACAAGCCCUUGCACCUGAAGCACGUCUGCCAGCCGGGCAGGAACACCAUCCAGAUCACGGUCACCGCCUGCUGCUGUUCCCACUUGUUCGUGCUGCAGCUGGUCCACAGGCCGUCGGUCCGGUCCGUCCUCCAGGGUUUACUGAAGAAGAGGCUCUUACCCGCCGAGCACUGCAUCACCAAAGUCAAGAGGAACUUCAGCAGCGUAGCAGCAUCCUCGGGCAACGCCGCCCUCAACGGCGAGGACGGCGUUGAGCAGACGGCGAUCAAGGUGUCCCUCAAGUGUCCCAUCACCUUCCGGCGAAUACAGCUCCCCGCAAGAGGUCACGACUGCAAGCAUGUGCAGUGUUUCGACUUGGAGUCGUACCUGCAACUGAACUGCGAGCGAGGCACAUGGCGAUGUCCUGUAUGCAAUAAAACAGCUUUGUUAGAAGGCCUGGAGGUGGAUCAGUACAUGUGGGGCAUCUUGAACGCCAUCCAAAACUCGGAGUUCGAAGAGGUGACGAUCGACCCGACGUGUAGCUGGCGGCCGGUGGCCAUCAAAUCAGAAAUCCACAUCAAGGAGGACCCCGAUGGUCCUCUAGCCAAGAGGUUUAAGACCAUGAGCCCCAGUCAGAUGAUCAUGCCCAACGUGAUGGAAAUGAUCGCCCAGCUCGGCCCCGGACCCUCGCCGUACUCGUCUCAGCAUGGCGGCAACAACAGCGAAUACGGCGGUCAAGGUCAGCGGCUCAAGAAAAAAAACAAAAAAAAACAACCUCAGAGCUUUGACUCACUGUUUACUUCUCGUCUCCUAGGCAACAGUUACCAAGGCCACGGCAACUUUGACUUCCCUCACGGCACGCCGGGCGUGACGUCGAUGAACGACUUCAUGCACGGCCCCCAGCUGUCCCACCCGCCCGACAUGCCCAAUAGUCUAAUGACGCAAGACAAGCCUCUUUCGCACAACAUGGCCGACUCGAUACCUCACUCUUCCGGCAAUGAGCAGUCACAUGGUCCAUUGCAGCAGAGCUUACAUGGGUCGCCACACCCGGCGAGCCAACACCACAGCGGACCCCCGCCACCCUCGCGACAAGCUCCGCCCCCUCCUCCUCAGCAGCAACAACAACAGCAGCAGCAGCAGCAGCCCGGCUCCAACAGCCACCCCCAUAGCGACCUGACCUUUAACCCCUCCAGUUUGGACAGCCAAGCCGGCUCGGACAUGCCGGAACCUUCUUUAGACCUUCUUCCAGAGUUGGCCAACCCUGACGAGCUCUUGUCCUACCUGGACCCUCCGGACCUCCCCAGCAAUAGUAAUGACGACCUCCUGUCGCUGUUUGAAAACAACUGAGGCGUGCACCGGGGGCGUGGACUUUAUAGCGCCCGGACGCCGCUCCGUACUUGACGAACACAAAGAUGCACUCCCCCUUCUCUUCUUCCUCUUGUACAGUUUUACUUGGGAACACAAAAAGACACGUCGGGAAGUCCUUUCGAACUGUGCAGCUAAAAAUCACCCGUUGUUUUGAACGCCACGCAAACACUUGUAGCAUUUUCACCCGGCAGGAGAGAUCCGCCAUGUUGUCGUUCCGUGGGGAGAGGCCACCACACAUCAUUUAAUAGCACAGGAGAUCCACACCACGCAAAACAAACAAUGAAGAUGAAUAACUUUCGAUUCAUAAAUGUUCCUUUUUACUACAAUUGUGAUAUUUUUGUUAAAAACUGUUUCAUAUGUUUCUACAAAGUCAUGAAUCGUUAGGGAUUAGGGAUGGGCAUAUUGAUAUUUUAUAGGGCUGCAACUAACAACUAAUUUGAUAAUCGAUUAAUAUGUCGAUUAUUACUUUGAUUAAUCGAUUAAUAAUCGGAUAAAAGAGACCAACUACAUUUCUAUCCUUUCCAGUAUUUUAUUGGAAAAAAACAGCAUACUGGCACCAUACUGAUUUUGAUUAUUGUUUUUCAGCUGUUUGUAAAUGUUGCAGUUUAUAAAUACAGGUUUAUAAAAAAAUAAAAAUAAAAUAAAAAAAGCCUCUGUGCAUGCGCAUAGCAUAGAUCCAAUGAAUCGAUGACUAAAUUAAUCGGCAACUAUUUUUAUAAUCGAUUUUAAUCUAUUUAAUCGAUUAGUUGUUGCAGCCCUAAUAUUUUAUUUAAUCCAAUAAUUUAAGCAUUUAAUUAUUAAAAUUACUGUUGUAAAAAAAGCAAAAAACUAUAAAAUAUGUAUCUUCAUUUAAAAGUUUAAAUUUUUAUUUUUAGACGGCAAAAAAUACCAACUUGAUUUUUUUCUUUAAUUAAACAAACUAAAGCAGUUAAUUUAUUUGCUUACUUUAGCAUGUGAGCAUUUUCUUGCCACCUUUUAUUCAUUUAUUUUAUUAUCAUGGCCGCAAUUCUCUUUUGCAGUGUUCUAAUUUAAGACUAAUUUACCGUAUUUUUCGGAGUAUAAGUCGCACCGGAGUAUAAGUCGCACCUGCCGAAAUUGCAUAAUAAAGAAGGAAAAAAACAUAUAUAAACUGCACUGGAGUAUAAGUCAAAUUUUGGGGGGAAAUUGAUUUGAUAAAACCCAACACCAAGAAUAGACAUUUGAAAGGCAAUUUAAAAUAAAUAAAGAAUAGUGAACAACAGGCUGAAUAAGUGUACGUUAUAUGAGGCAUAAAUAACCAACUGAGAACGUGCCUGGUAUGUUAACGUAACAUAUUAUGGUAAGAGUCAUUCAAAUAACUAUAACAUAUAGAACAUGCUAUACGUUUACCAAACAAUCUGUCACUCCUAAUCGCUAAAUCCCAUGAAAUCUUAUACGUUUAGUCUCUUACGUGAAUGAGCUAAAUAAUAUUAUUUGAUAUUUUACGGUAAUGUGUUAAUAAUUUCACACAUAAGUCGCUCCUGAGUAUAAGUCGCACCCCCGGCCAAACUAUGAAAAAAACGGCGACUUAUAGUCCGAAAAAUACGGUACUUACUACAACGACAAAGUAUGGACACCACAGACUGGCCACUCUAGCUCUUAAAAUAAAUGUUAUCACGUGUAUACCGUAUUUUCCGGGCUAUAGAGCACACCGGUAGUUAAGCCACACGCACCAAAUUUUAGAACAAAAAAAUAUUUGUACAUAUUAGCCGCAUCGGACUAUAAGCCGCAGAUAUAAACCAGUAGAUUUUGUAAAUGUUUAUUUACAUACGUUAAUUGUUUCUGAACAGUGCCUGUCACACGGCAGUAAAACAUCUGAUCAAACAAAACAGAAGUCAUCGUCAUGUACCCACCAGCUGCGGAAGCAGGCUCUCCAAUUAUUUAAACAGACUCAAUAAUUUCACAGUGAUUUCUACCAUGAAUUGAUUAACGUGGACGCCGACUUAAACAAGUUGAAAAACUUUUUUGGGUGUUACCAUUUAGUGGUCAAUUGUACGGAAUAUGUACUGUACUGUGCAAUCUACUAAUAAAAGUCUCAAUCAAUCAAUCAAACAUUUUGAUCAAAUUACGAAACUGAAACAAUACAAAAAGAAUGCCGCCAUAAGUUAAUAAUAUUAACACAGACAAAUGUGUUAGCAUAUUCGCUAAUGCUAAUGACGCUAGCUUGAUUAUAUUAUGAUAGCGCGUACACAUAUGCAUGAAAACACUCCUACAGACAUCACACAUGGGACGGUUUAGUAAUUAUGUAUUGUUUUAGUUACAUUGCAAAACUAACAAACGUUGCUUGGAGUGAUGAAGGAAGAAUCUUUUCGAGCAGGAACGAUAUGGACGGUUAUACUUCCGGUUCAAGGCACGAAACAGGAAGUAGAUUUUCAACCUGCACCACUUGGAUUGAGUGAACCCGUCCAAAAGAUGGCGUCAGAGCACAAACAAUAACCCACCUUUUCAGUGUCUCUGUCGGUGUAAUAUGAAAAGUAUUUGUUGAAUACAAAACAUUAUGGCCGGUAGCCUAGAAAAAUCGAUAAAUUAGCCGCAGGGUUCAAAGCAUGUGGAAAAAGUAGCGUAUACAGUAAUCAAGCCUGGAUUAAGCCAGGAUCCCUUUGAAAGGUGCAAAAUAUUCAAUUUAUUUACAAUUGUGUGAAAAUAACUGUAAUAUUUAUAAUCACAAACUAGGGGUGCACAAAAAACUAACUCAUUUGAACCGCGAUUCUUAUUCAUUUUGAUUCUAAAUCGAUACAAAAUUUUCAAAAAUCGAUAAAAAAAACUAAUAAUGAUAAUGUUUCAGGCCAUUUCCAUGCAACCAGAAGGAGGUUUUUUAAAUUCUAACCCGUUUUGAAAAAGUUUCAUUAUAAUUGUUAUACCAAUUAAUACAUUGCGAGAAUCGGUUUGUAUCAAAAAUUAUGUUGAAUUGAGAAUCGAUUCUGAAUCAAAUCACCACCCCAGGAAUUGUAAUCGGAUCAUUAGGUGCCCAAAGAUUUGCACCCAUAUCACAAACAGUUAAAAUGUUGAAUAUUUAAUAUUAAUAUUCUAACACAUUGUCUUCUGAGACUUUUUAAUGUCUUUCCCAGCUUUACAAUAACAAUUUAGCAAGGGGAAAAAAUUUGCAAGUGCUUGUAGAAAUGUUUUAAUGCAAGCCGUGUGUAUAAUUGUAUUUCAUAUUUAAUAUAUGCUAAAUUGUGUACAUGUUAGAUGACACGAAGAAGUAGGAUUAACACACAUUCAAAUAUACAACCGAGAGUGGAGAUUAUGAAAGAAGGCUUUGGAACCAUAAAAACGUGUGUAUUUAUAUAUAAUUGUACAAUAUUAUCAAAGAUAAUGAUUUUUUUUUUUAUUGAGUAAGAUGUGUGAAUAUUUCUAAUUAAUAUUUUGAAAAAAUUGUCAAAAAUAGAUACUCACGAGUAACAAAAGGGUAGUAUAAAUAAUUUGGCCUUGUAAUGAAUUUGCAUUAUCUUUUUCUACCAUUCAAAAAUAUUAUUUAAAGAAUGAUAUACAAAAAUUGCAUUCAUUUGGCUCGUAAUUAAUGAAAGACAAUGAAUCAAAUGCCCAUCCCUUGUCUUUAUCUCUGUUUUCCGCUGCUUUUUUCUUCAUUUUUGUGCAAAACUGUUCUCUAUCACCCUCUUAAAUGAUGUGCAAAGUGUGCCAACUAGUACAUUUCUAAGCUAUAUGUUUUUAUUUUAUGAUUUCAUUCAAAAACGCCAACGUAGAUGCUCUUCUCAGUAAGCUCAUCAUUUUUACUGGAUUUUUGUUUUCUACGUUCUGUUGCAUUUGCUGCCUCAUUACACAAUUUAUUUUUGGGAAACGGCUCACCAAAGUUGGACAAAUGAAGAUGGAUAAUGCGUGCAUGUGUGUGUGUGUGUGUGUGUGUGUGUGUGUGUGUAUGUGUGUGUGUGGGUGUGUUUGUGAGCGAAGGUCCUAUUUGACAGUUAAUCAUAAAACGCAGUAUCGUUGCCACAUUUCCUUUCCUCUUUAAUGAUAACGCUGUUCCAGUAUGCAAAUGUAUUAUUUUCUAAGAAAUGCUAUUGUACUGUAAAUAUAAUAAUCAUUGUGAAUAUUUUUCUAUUAUUUCCUCGCAUCGCCGCGUUUUCUGUUCCCGAACUGACCUCCGCCGCCGCCGCCGCCUUUGUGUACGCGUCACGUGACCAGCCCACAUGUCUCCUAAGUUAUUUGCACGUGUUGAUUUUUUAUUUUUAUUUUAACCAUCAUCAUGUAUGUUCUUUUCCCAUCUUUCUUUUAUCAUUUGUUUGCAUUUUGUUUCAAGAUGUUUGUAAUUGCGCUGGCUUAUGAGUGUAAUGUGAAUAUCAUUUUUUUUCAAAGAUACCUACAGUAUAUCACGAAAGUCAUGAUAUUGUUUUUUUGUUUGUUUUGUUUUUUAAUCUGGCUUUUUUUUUUAAACCCACAUGACGGUAUAUUUGACUCCCUCUUUUUUUGUAAUUUAUUUUAUACUGUUUUAUUCUUAUUAAUAAUACUCUGUAAGGCUAGAAAUCCAAUGUCUCUCACUGUAGCAUGGCGCUAAUAAUUGUAAGCGUUCCAGUUCAACACACUGACAUGUUUCAAUCAGUGACAAAACACUGCCACAUUAUUAAUAUUUUUUACUUUCAAAUGACGUUUUUUUCAUACAAGUGAGCCACUUUUAGUGUGUUAGGGCAGCACCCUCAAUCUGUAGUUGCACAAUCACACGAAAAGACUCACAUCUCUUGUCGGAAUAAAAUAUAGAAAAUUGAGUGAAAUAACGUUAAGGGUGGUCACGUGUCCUAAGGAUGUGUGUAUAUAUGUACAAUGAAUAUAGAGACAUGUGGACAGAAAUGUAUUCAUGUUCCCUGAGAAUGUGCAUUGUUUCCUCAGAUUAAUAAUAAAAAAACAAGCUUGCAAACCUCUCUACUGGAAAAUUGUUAGUUGGUGUCCCGUCGUUUUUGUCCGUCGCCUGCAUACAAAAGAAAAAUAAAAGGUUACAUGCAAAUACAUUUGUUUACGAAUAUCAUCAGUUUGUCCAUUGUAUGUACAAUCACUUCAUACUCAACUACUGCAAAAAGACAAAAGGAACUCAUUGUGAUUUUUUUUUGGUUCAAAGUCUUGCACAAUUGUAUGUAGUUAGAC